AUGGUUCGCAUCGCUUCCGUAGCCCUGCUCUCGGCAGCGGCCCUUCCCGGCGCCAUGGCCUGGGGCGCCAUGGGCCACGAGACCGUAGCCUAUAUUGCGACCAAUUUCGUGGCGUCGUCCACGAAGACGUACUUCCAGAAUCUGCUGGGCGAUACGUCGACGGACUACUUGGCGUCCGUUGCAUCGUGGGCUGAUUCGUACCGUUAUACAACCGCUGGGAAGUUCUCGGCCGGGUAUCACUAUAUCGAUGCCCAAGACAAUCCCCCUUCGUCCUGUGGUGUUGACCUCGAUCGGGACUGUGCAGAUGGAUGCAUUGUGAGCGCCAUCGCAAACUACACCUCGCGUGUCCUUAAUUCCAAACUUAGCACAUCUGAUCGCCAGAUCGCCGCCAAGAUGAUUAUCCACUUCAUUGGCGAUGUCGGCCAGCCGCUGCACUGUGAGGAUCUCGAGACCGGCGGAAACGGCAUCGAUGUCCUGUACGACGGCGACGACACCAACUUGCACGCCAUCUGGGACACUCAGAUCCCGGAGUCGGUGUCAGGCGGCUCUUCCCAGAGCUCUGCCAAGACCUGGGCCACGACUCUUACCACUGCUAUCAAAUCCGGCGACUACAAGUCCAGCGCCGCAGGCUGGGUCUCCGGCUUGAACAUCAAUGACGCCGAGACCACGGCGACGGGCUGGGCCAGCGAGAGCAAUGCCUAUGUGUGCAGCACUGUCCUGAAGAGCGGUAUCAGCGCCGUCGAGAACAAGGAGCUGAGCGGCACCUACACGACCACGGCGCAGCCGGUCGUCAAGGAGCAGAUUGCGAAGCAGGGGUACCGCCUCGCAAAGUGGUUGGAUGCCAUUGCUGCAGCUUAG